AACACAUCCACUGACACAAGCAGAGCUCAGAUGUCCAAUAUAGCCUGAGGUCAGUAUGAAAAUACACAACCUGAUGUUAAAGUUCAGAUCUCUCUACAAAGCUGUCCACAUGACAGAGCUUGGACGUGUAGCUUAAACGUGUUUUAGUUUUAGUGUGUUGUACUUGUAUUGCAGUGUGUUUGUCAUCAGUGAGUGUAUGAUUACUGAGUUAUAAAAGGAACGAAGCUGCAGAAGAAGAAGCGAGAACUGAAGGAGAAAUGCUUUUACUGCAAUAAUCCAAGUAUGUCUCUUAGGGAUCCCCCGUAUGAACCUCCCUCCGUCUCUGAACUACAGGAGUUCUUACUGGCAGACAGACGCCCAACUGGUCAUGUCAAUCAAGUCUGGCCUAAUGUUUAUAUAGGCAACGAGGUGGCAGCACGUGACAAAGGAACUCUUCACGGUCUGGGUAUUACACACAUUGUAAAUGCUGCUCAUGGGCCUCCAACCCCUGGCAAUGGUCCCUGCUUUUAUGUCAACACUGGCCCACGUUUUUACAGAGACAUGAAUGUGGAUUAUUAUGGGGUAGAGGCUGAUGACGCAACAAAUUUCAUCCUCAGUCCUUACUUCUAUCCAACAGCGCGAUACAUCAGAGCUGCUCUGGCAAUGGGAGGAAGGGUGUUUGUACACUGUCUGAUGGGAGUGAGCCGUUCUGCAACCCUAGUGUUGGCCUUCCUGAUGAUCACUGAGGGCCUGCGGCUGCAGGAGGCUGUGGCCGCUGUAAGGCCACACAGAGACAUCUGUCCCAACCCAGGCUUCUUGCUGCAGUUGCGUUGCCUUGACAUGAGCCUAGAGAGGGAGAGGAGAAGAAAAAGACAGGCCCAGGCAUUAGGUCAUUUAGCAAAGCAGGGAGAAACACCAUCCCUGACAGAGCUGAGGGAAAUUCUCUGGACCAACAGGAAGCCUGUGAGCUCUGUCAAUGAAGUGUGGCCAAAACUCUACAUUGGAGAUGAGUCUGUUGCUCGAGAUAAAACCAGACUGUCAUCUCUGGGUGUUACUCAUGUGCUGAACGCGGCAGCAGGUCAACAUCGGAUCAACACCGGUCAGAUGUUUUACACUGAUAUUGAAGUCGUGUACCAUGGCGUUGAGGCUGCAGACCAUCCAGAGUUCAAUCUCCAGCCAUUUUUCAACUCUGCUGCACAGUUCAUAGACCGCGCCUUGAAGGAAAAUGGGAAAGUUCUUGUUCACUGUGCCAUGGGUGUGAGCCGCUCUGGGGCGUUGGUUUUGGCCUAUCUGAUGAUCCACCAGAGCCUGACGUUACCGGAGGCCAUCAUGGCUGUGCGUCUGUGCCGAGACAUCGGACCCAACUCUGGAUUUCUGGAGCAACUCAGAAAGCUGGAGUUGAGCCUUCGUACACAGAGCAAACAGAUCGCUGAGGACAGUAACGAAGGAAAACCUGUUUCUCUGUAAUAAGGUUUUACUGGAAUGUCUCCCCUUUGACAAAUUGGUUUUAUGGGAUGUCCCAGUUCUAAACCAGUUUACAAAGAUGUACCUACUGAACGCUUAAUGUUUUUCUCCACAAACAAUUGUCAAUAAAUGUUUAUUGAUCCACACCUGGUCAUACAUUCUUGACUUCAACAUUGUUUUAAUAAUUGUGUUGCUUCACCCUGUUGAUUGAAUUACGGUGUUAUAAUAAAAGACUUGAACAGUGAAAAAGAACUGCAAAAAUCA